GACACUCGGUGGCGCUUUGCGGCAGUGCCGGCGUGCGGAGCCAUGGCGGAGGAGGACCCGGCAGCGGCGGCGGCCGGGAGCGGCAGCGAGAGCGACGAGGGGGACGAUGGCGAGCGGCGGCACCGGCAGCUCCUGGAGGCGAUCAGCGCCUUGUCCGGACGGAAACGGCGGAAGCUGGCGGAGCGCUCGGAGGCGAGCGGGCAGGUGUCCGAGUUCAAUGUCACCUGCAAAGGUGCUGGGGAAAAGCUGGUUCUGUCGGAGCUGCUGCAGCCCAUCCAUCCCAAAUCCACGCUGGGCAGCGUGAGGAAGGAGCUGGCCAGAGUGAAGCGGAAGGCAGCGGUGGAGCUGCCCCUGAGCAAAGAGGAGGCCAAGAGGGUGGUGAGGGAGGCCGCCUACGUCACCACCUCGAAGGACGUGGGGAAGUGGCAGCAGGUGGUGGUGCAGAACCGGCGCGCGGAGCAGCUGGUGUUCCCCCUGCGGCAGGACAUCGCCACGGUCACCCCUCUGGAGAGAGUGACCUCGGCCUGGAAGGCCCGAACUCCACUGGAGCAGGAGAUCUUAGGAUUGCUCCACAAGACACAGCAGCCCAUCACAGACCCGCUGCUGACACAGGAGGAGAUGGCCUCGCUGCAGGCCAUGAGCUUGGAGGAGGCCCGGCGCCGGCGGGCAGAGCUGCAGAAGGCGCGGGCAGUGCAGUCCUACUACGAGGCCAAGGCCCGGCGAGCGAAGCGGAUCAAGAGCAAGAAGUACCACCGCGUGCUCAAGAAGAGCCGGAGGCGCCAGGCCCUGAAGGAGUUUGAGCAGCUGCACAAAUCGGACCCCGCGGCAGCCUUGGCACGGCUGGAGGAGCUGGAGCAGCUCAGGAUGCAGGAGCGGAUGAGCCUUAAGCACCAGAACAAGGGGAAAUGGGCCCGAUCCAGGGCCAUUAUGGCUAAGUAUGACCUUGAGGCCCGCAAGGCCAUGCAGGAGCAGCUGGCCAGGAACAAGGAGCUGAUGCAGAAGGUGCAGGUGCAGCCACCUGAGGAGGAGCUGUGUGAGGUGCCCGAGGAGGACACCACGGCCCUGCCUGUGCCCACCGGGGCCAGCACAGCUAAUCCCUGGAUGCUGGGCAAGCCCAGUGGCCCGGCCCCAGAGCCUGAGGCACAAGAGGGUCCCAGAGAUGGCACAGUGCCUGGUGCUGUGGAGAGCAAGGAUGAGAUGGAGGAGGAGGAGGAGCUGUCAGAGGAAGAAGCUCUGCUGCAAGACUUUGAGCAGAAGCGACGGGAGCGGACAGGGAGCCAUGAGGGGCAUGGUGCUGAUGAGACUGAGGCCAGUGCUGAGCGGCCCAGGGACAGCCCAGUCCCUCCAGUCUGUGCUGAGGAGCUGGGCAACAGCCCAGUCCCCCCAGUCUGUGUGGAGGAGCUGGUGGGUGUGGGGCCGGAGCAGCCCCCUCAGGCCCAGGAGCAGCUCCUGCUCUCAGAGCAGCUGCGCCGCGUGCAGACCAUGGAGGAUGUGGAGAGUCUGGCCAAGGAGGAGCUUCUAGAAGAGCAGGAGAAGGCAGUAGCCCCGAGAGCAGGGAAGCGAGCGCAGCGGCAGGAGGAAGGCAGGCCUGGGGACAGACAUAGCAGGAAAACACCAGCCAAGAGGAAGAUGAUCAGCCUGGAGGCUGUGCUGGAUGGGAAGCCCCAGGAGAUGGACUGCCCCAGCCUCCCAGUGGUUCUGGAGGAGGAGGAGGGGGGCAUCGAGCAGCGCGGGAUGAUCACAGAGGCCUUCGCUGGGGAUGAUGUGGUCGCCGACUUCCGCCGGGAGAAGCGCAAGGCGGAGGAGGCGGCGAAGCCACAGCCGGUGAAUCUGGUGCUGCCAGGCUGGGGCGAGUGGGGCGGCACGGGGCUGAAACCCAGCGCCAGGAAGGUCAAGAGGUUCCUGAUUAAGCCGCCGCCAGCGCCUCCGCGGAAGGACAAGCACCUGCCCCACGUCAUCAUGAGCGAGAAGCGCAACAUCCACGCGGCAGCACACCAGGUCAGCGAGCUGCCCUUCCCCUUCGAGCGGCCCCAGCAGUUCGAGCAGAGCAUGCGGACGCCCGUGGGCCCCACGUGGAACACUCAGCGUGCCUUCCAGAAGCUGACGGCCCCUCGCAUCAUCACCCGCGCCGGCCACAUCAUCCAGCCCAUCUCGGCCGAGGACGUCCCCGACACGGCCCCCGGCAGCGGGGCCAGGCUCGGGGCAGAGGCCAUGCCCAGGAGGAAGGCUGUGCCCGGGGGGAAGGCUGUGCCCGGGCAGAAGGCUGUGCCCGGGGGGAAGGCUGUGCCCGGGCAGAAGGCUGUGUCCAGGGGGAAGGCGCAGCCCCGGCGCCGCAGAGCGCAGUAGUUCUGUGCCUGGAGCCUGGGGGCUCCAACUGGAGUGAGCCGAGGAACCAGGAGCAGCUCCUGGUUCUGUCCAGUUCCUUCUACCUCUUUCCCUGCAAUAAAACCCAGGGCUGCCCUUUC